AUGAGAGGAAAUGAAAGCUCCCUACAGAGAUUUAUCUUGCUGGGCUUCUCAGAUCGACCCAGACUAGAGCUGGUCCUCUUUGUGGUGGUUCUGAUCUUCUACCUCCUGACUUUAGUAGGCAAUGCCAUCAUCAUACUGGUCUCCCGCCUGGACCCCCAUCUGAAGACACCAAUGUACUUCUUCCUCACCAACCUCUCCUUUCUAGACAUCUGUUUCACCACAAGCUCUGUCCCCCAGUUGCUGUUUAACCUUGGUGGCCCAGAUAAGAGCAUCAGCUACACAGGUUGUGCAAUCCAGCUUUUCAUGUUUCUAGCAUUAGGUGGCACUGAAUGUAUACUUUUGGCUGUCAUGGCCUAUGACCGCUUUACUGCCAUCUGCAAACCCCUCCACUACAUGGUCAUUAUGCAUCCCCAGCUUUGUUCGCAGUUGGUAGCCAUUGCCUGGCUAAGCGGCAUUGCCAACUCCCUGGCCAUGUCCCCUGUGACUCUGACACUGCCCCGAUGUGGACGGCAUGAAGUGGACCACUUCCUUUGUGAGAUGCCAGCCAUGAUCAAGAUGGCAUGUGUGGAUACCACACUCAUUGAAAGUACAGUGUUCAUCUUGGCCAGCUGCUUUACUCUUCUGCCGCUAUCCCUAAUUUUGGUCUCUUAUGGUUACAUAACACGAACAGUUCUCAGGAUCAAGUCAGCAGCUGGACGUAGGAAAGCCUUCAACACUUGUGGAUCCCACCUCACUGUGGUCUCCCUCUUUUAUGGAAACAUCAUCUAUAUGUACAUGCAACCAGGGAACAAUUCAUCCCAGGACCAAGGCAAAUUCCUUACUCUCUUCUACAACUUGCUGACCCCCAGCCUCAAUCCCCUCAUAUAUACCCUGAGGAACAAGGAAGUAAAGGGGGCACUCAGAAGACUGGUGUGGAAAGAGAGAGGCUGA